GGUGUUUGCUCAGUCAGCGACACUGAGGGGUCGUUUAUUUCGUCUUGGUGCCGAGCUCGGUGGCGUCAACCGGCGGCCAAUCACUCUCGCGACAUUCAUCAUCCGGGGGCGGCAUGAGGAAAGGCUUGGGGUCGAGAUGCAUGGUCCCUAGGCCGCAUGGGCUGCAGUCACUCGUGGUAUCGCUCCCGGAUAGGGAGGGUUGGGAUUUUUUUCGGCGAGGGAGGGCCGUGAUAUGUUCAGCAGCAGGAGCUAAAAGUGCUUCUAUCUAAGAAUACCCUCGCUUCUGCUCGCAUCUGUAUAAUAAGAGUAUCCCCAAAUCUGGCCAUCUAUAGGAUGGAGGAGGUUCAAGGGAGGAUAGAGGAAACUCGGGCUAGACAUCACAUCCACCCACCACUCAAGAUACCGAAUAGACCAUGCCUCUCCCAACCGACGAGAAGGUCCUCGAGACCAGCAAUGGCCUCCUCUCGACCUUUAAGGGGAUAUUUGGUCCUCAUCCCGGAUUCCGUCCAGCCCACGCCAAAGGCCGCCUCCUAAAAGGCACAUUCACCCCCACGGCAGCCGCGGGCGCCCUCUCCAAGGCGCAGCACUUCACCUCGCCCUCGACCCCAGCCCUAGCGCGCUUCUCGAGCGGCACGGGUCUCCCUCAGCUCCCGGACGACAACGCCAACGGCAACCCGCGCGGCCUGGCCGUGCGCUUCGAGCUGGCGUCGCAGCCGCGUCGGGUGCACACCGACAUCAUCGCGCACAGCGUCCCGCUGUUCCCUGGCGUCACGGGCGAGGACGCCCUGGCCUUCUUCCGGUCGCUCGCCGACGGGUCCGUGGGCGACUACGUGGCGUCGCAUCCGGUCGCGCGCCGCUUCGUCGAGGCGCCCAAGCCCUUCCCCGAGAGCUUCGCUACCGACGCCUACUACGCCAUUCACGCCUACAAGCUGGUUGCCACCGACGGCAAGGGGACGUUUGUCAGGUACCGCUGGGUGCCCAUCGCCGGGGUGAAGCACAUCACCCCAGUGGAGGCCACGGCCCGGGGUGGGGGUUACCUGUUCGAGGGCCUGCCCGGCUUGCUCGAGAAGGGGCCUAUCUCCUUCAAGCUCGUCGCCCAGGUGGCGGCGGAGGGGGAUGUUACAGAUGACAGCUCGCAGCUCUGGCCGGAAGACAGGGAGCUGGUCGAGCUGGGGACACUGAGCCUGGACGCCGAGGUGCCCCAGGACGAAGACGCGGCCCAGCAGAAGACGGUCAUCUUCGAUCCGAUCCCUCGCGUUGAGGGCGUUGAGCCGUCUGCUGACCCGCUGCUCGACGUGCGAGCUGCGCUGUACCUCAUUAGUGGCCGCGAGCGACGGGCUGCUUGAAGCGCUGAGCUGAAUGGGGGAACUCUGUCCGCAUAGCUGCAACUUUCUGUACGUAGCGUAGGAACCUACCCUAGUUGGCCCCUGCCAUGUCUGUAGCGUUCUAGCCAUCUCGGCGACUGGCCAUUAUGAAUCGGUCAGCAAUAAGGGCCUAUUAUCAUGACGUCUACCCAAGUUCGAUUCGAUGCGUCGAGACCCCAAAAGCCGCGUUUGCCUCGAUAGCCGGCCGCGCUUUGUAUCAUGCACCGGCUCAAAGCUGACGUGGCAGGCACCA